CUCUUUUUGUACAGAUAUCAGACCAUAACCAUGGCGGAGACCGGCGGAGCACUGCCACCACAACGGAGAGUUCCACCGAUGACGAUAACGCUCCCGCCGCGGUCUUCGGCGGAUUCAUUCCUCAACGCCACCGAAGUUAGCCCGGGUCCGCUGACAUUUGUCUCUAACUUCUUCUCCGAUCAUUACGCGGAUGGCGAUAUCCAAUCUUUCUCUCAAAUUCUCGCCGAAAUCGUACCUUUUCCGGCCGUUCAAACCCCGACUACUACCCCCGUAUCUCGACCGGAAAACGGGCCAUUUUUAGUAGCGGCAUUGAAGGAAGAACCGCAAACCACUCAAAUAUCCGAUGCUGACGACUCCUCCUGGAUCGAAUCAUAUUCGGUUUCUGAAUCUUGCAAUCCCGAACCCGUAAUCAUGGGUGGAUCGACUUUUUCAGUAGCGAAAGCCGUUUGUGAUGGGUACAACUGGCGGAAAUACGGGCAAAAACAAGUGAAAGCAAGCGAGCUUCCGAGGAAUUAUUACCGAUGCUCGCAAACUAACUGCCCGAUGACCAAAAAGGUCGGGCAUUUUCUUGACGGUCAAAUCAGCGAGAUCAUCUAUAACGGUCAUCAUAACCAUGAGCCACCUAGGACAUGUAAACGAGCCAACGACGGUGCAGCUGUGGACAAACCAGUGGACUCGUAUGAACAAGUUGACCAUCUGAUAGCGAAUGGGGUCGCGGGUGAUGAUUGUGAUGAAAAAAGAAGGAAAACGAAGGUCGAGACGGAGUACGGGAGUUGGCCGAGUCGAAUUACGGUGAGUGAACCAAAGAUUGUGGUGCAAACAAGAAGUGAAGUUGAUAUUUUAGAUGACGGAUUCAAGUGGAGAAAGUAUGGGCAAAAAGCAGUGAAGGGGACUACUUAUCCCAGGAGUUACUAUCGAUGCACGAAUGUAGGAUGCAAGGUUCGGAAGCAUGUAGAGAGAGAUUUAGCAGACCCGAAAUCCGUUGUAACUACAUAUGAAGGCAGACAUAAACACGAUAUUCCUGUGGUCGCUAAACGUUCAAAUCGCAAAGAAAUUGACUUCAAGAGCGAAAUCCCAGUUGUAUUACAUUUGGAAGAAGAUCAAAUAACAAAUCUGAGGUGACCAAGUUCACAUCAAUGAGAACAUAUAAUAAUUUGUACGAAAAAGAAGACUCGGGUUUUUGUUUAUUCUAAUCGUUACGUUCUUACCCGAAAUGUAUCACGUAUAAUUCAUGGUACACAAACGGAAUUUGCU